CGAGAUGCUUACCGCCGGGGGUGUGAUGUGAUGGUGAUAACCUGCCUGCCCAAUGUCAAGAGGAAGGCAGGGGACUCAGCGAUUCCUGUCCGUGUCUCCAGAGUGUUGGAUCCUAGCCCAACCAUCCAGGGAAGGAGCCAGGGAGACCAACUAUGGAAUUCUUCCUAAGUGAGGGCUUUGAACCAGUAUGGCUGAACCCCGCCAGGAGUUUGACACAGUGGAAGAUCAUGCUGAGGGCUAUGCUGCGCUCCAAGACCAAGAAGGAGACAUGGACCAUGGCUUAAAAGCGUCUCCCCCGCAGCCCCCGGCUGAUGAUGGAUCGGAGGAACCAGGGUCGGAGACCUCUGAUGCUAAGAGCACUCCAACUGCUGAAGACGCGACUGCGCCCCUAGUGGAAGAGAGAGCUUCCGACAAGCAGGCCGCUGCCCAGCCCCACGUGGAGAUCCCAGAAGGAACCACAGCUGAAGAAGCAGGCAUUGGAGACACCCCCAACCUGGAGGACCAAGCCGCGGGGCAUGUGACUCAAGAGCCAGAGAAGGUCGAAAUUUUCCCAGAAAGUUUGCUUGGAGGGCCAGGGCGCCAGGAAGGCCAGGCUCCAGACUCAGGGAUCUCAGAUUGGAUCUGCCAACCGGUGCCUAACGUGUCUGGGGCUCCCCUCCUGCCACAAGGCCUCAGGGAGGCCACGUGCCAACCUUCGGGGACAAGACCUGAGGAUGUGGAGAGAAGCCACCCGGCCUCUGAGCUGCUGCAGCAAGAGUCACCUCAGAAGGAGGGAUGGGGCAAAGACAGGCUGGGGAGUGAGGAGGAAGCAGAAGAAGAUCUUGACAUGGAUGAGUCAUCCCAGGACUCCCCUCCCUCCCAGGCACUCCCUGGCCCUGGGAGGGCUGCCCCUCAGGCUGUCUCCAGGGAACCCACUGGCUUGCCUGGGUUCCCGGUUGAGGGUGCCAUCCCACUUCCUGUUGACUUCUCCAAAGUCUCCAUAGAGACUCAGGCCUUGCAGCCAGAAGGGCCUGACACAGGGCCCAUGGAGGAAGGGCAUGAGGCUGCCCCAGAGUUCACAUUCCACGUGGAAAUCAAAGCCAGCGUGCCGAAGGAACAGGAUUUGGAAGGGGCUACAUUAGUGGGGGCCCCUGGAGAGGAGCAACAGGCCCAGGGCCCCUCUGUGGGAAAGGGUGCCAAAGAGGCUAGCCUUCUGGAACCAUCUGAGAAGCAGCCCACGGCUGGCCAGCCAGGAAGGCCAGUCAGUCGGGUCCCUCAACUUAAAGCUCGAGUGGCCGGUGUAAGCAAAGACAGGACCGGAAACGAUGAGAAGAAAGGGAAGACAUCCACACCUUCCUGUGCUAAAACCUUGAGCAAUAGGCCCUGCCUUAGCCCCACACGCCCCAGUCCUGGUAGCUCAGACCCUUUGAUCAAACCCUCCAGCCCUGCGGUGUGCCCCGAGCCAGCCACCUCUCCUAAACACGUCUCUUCUGUCACACCCCGAAAUGGCAGUCCUGGAACAAAGCAGAUGAAACUCAAGGGGGCCGAUGGUAAAACCGGAACGAAGAUUGCUACACCUCGGGGAGCAGCCCCCCCAGGCCAGAAAGGCACAUCCAACGCCACCAGGAUCCCAGCCAAGACCACACCCAGCCCAAAGACCCCUCCUGGCUCAGCUCCCAAGCAAGUGCAGAGAAAACUACCCCCUGCAGGGGCAAAGUCUGAGAGAGGCGAAACACCAAAAUCCGGAGAACGCAGCGGCUACAGCAGCCCCGGCUCCCCUGGGACCCCUGGCAGUCGCUCCCGCACCCCAUCCCUGCCAACGCCACCCACCCGGGAGCCCAAGAAGGUAGCAGUGGUUCGCACUCCCCCUAAGUCGCCAUCUGCCAGUAAGAGCCGCCUGCAGACUGCCCCUGUGCCCAUGCCAGACCUGAAGAAUGUCAAGUCCAAGAUUGGCUCCACCGAGAAUCUGAAACACCAGCCAGGAGGUGGGAAGGUGCAGAUAAUUAAUAAGAAGCUGGAUCUUAGCAACGUCCAGUCCAAGUGUGGCUCAAAGGACAAUAUCAAACACGUCCCGGGCGGCGGCAGUGUGCAAAUAGUCUACAAGCCAGUGGACCUGAGCAAGGUGACCUCCAAGUGUGGCUCAUUAGGCAACAUCCAUCACAAACCAGGAGGUGGCCAGGUGGAGGUAAAAUCUGAGAAGCUGGACUUCAAGGACAGAGUCCAAUCGAAGAUUGGCUCCUUGGAUAAUAUCACCCACGUCCCUGGAGGAGGGAAUAAGAAGAUUGAAACCCACAAGCUGACCUUCCGAGAGAAUGCCAAAGCCAAGACAGACCAUGGAGCAGAAAUUGUGUACAAGUCACCUGUGGUGUCUGGGGACACAUCUCCACGUCACCUCAGCAACGUGUCCUCCACGGGCAGCAUCGACAUGGUGGACUCACCACAGCUCGCCACGCUCGCCGAUGAAGUGUCUGCUUCUUUGGCCAAGCAGGGUUUGUGAUCAGGCCCCUGGGGUGGUCAAUAAUCGUGGAGAGAAGAGAGAGUGAGAGUGUGGGAAAAAAAAAGAAUGAUCUGGCCCCUCGCCCUCUGCCCUCCCCGCUGCUCCUCACAGACCGGCUGACCGGCUUGUCACCUAACCUGCUUUUGUGCCUCGGCUUCGGCUCGGGACUUCAAAACCAGCGAUGGGAAUAAGUAAAUUUCAUCCUUCCAAAUUGAUUUGUGUGGGCUAGUAAUAAAAUAUUUUUUAAGAAAAACAUGUAAAAACAUGGCCAAACCCAACAUUUCCUUGGGCGAUUGCUAUUGAUUUUCCCUCCCCACCCCACCCCCUUUUUGAGUAUUAGAGGGUGAAGGAGGCUCUGGAGGCUACUUCUGGGGAGUUUUGAGGGACUAGGGCAACAGAUUGCCCGCAGCCUCAUCCUAGGGGCAUCAGUGACAGAGACAGCAACAAAAGAUUUGAAACUUGGUGUGUUCGUGGAGCCGUGGGCAGGUGACCCUAAUGUGCGUGGAUGUGAAGAUUUGAAACUUGGUGUGUCCAUGGAGCUGUGGGCGGUGACCCUAACGUGUGUGGAUGUGAAGGGCUGAGGCGGCGAAGGCUGAGGGAUGGUUGGGUUGGGAGGAGAGAGGUGAGGAAGACAGGCUAGGAGAGGGGACACUGGGCUCCUGCCAGGUAGCUUGGGAAGGACAGGCAGCCCCAGCUGCCAGCAGCAGGCCCAGAUGGCAUAGCUGCCUGUGUGGUUAGGCCCUGGGGAGUGCUUGGGUCUUUGUGGUCCUGUAGGACAGCCCGGGGAGAGACGGGACAGUGGGCAGAAGGAAGGCAGGCUGGAAGGUGGCACCUUGUCCAUUGGUUCUCUGAAGGCUAACUUUUGACAUCACAGGGCACUGGCUUCUUCCUCCCUCUCUGCAGGGAGGGAGUCCUGAGCUGAGGGCUCCACUCUCCUCACAGAAAACCCUGCUUUACUGAGUUCUAAACUGCAGCCAUGAUUUUGGCCACUUCAUAGACUUGGGACUUUAGGGCUAACCGGUUCUUUGUAAGGACUUGUGCCUCUUACGGGACAUCUGCCUGUUCUCAAGCCUGGUCCUCAGGCACUUCUGCAGUGGGAGGGAUGGGCGUGGGGCAGUAUUCUGGGAUGAGGGUCCCAGGCCUCCCAUCCCUCCUGUGAUCGCUGCAGCCCCUCUACUUGUUCUAUCACGCCCACACAUCUGCCACGAGAGCCGGUCACUGCCGUUCUCACAUCAUGUCUCUCUGUCCUGAGUGCCCGGCCUCCCCCAGCCUCCACCCUGGCCCCUGGGCAGAUGUGGGUAACACCUGCUCUACACCAAGAGGUGGAGUCCUAGGAAGGCAAAGAUUUGGGACUCGGUCUCUAGUCCUACGUUCCACAAAUCCAACCAGUGUGCCUGGAGAUGACCCCGGACACACUUCUGUCUGCUUUUUUUUUUUUUUAACUUUAAAUAGUGGCUGCCUCCUAGGCCUGUUGAGCAGGAGGCAGCAAGCCGGGGCCCUGUGCGAGUCAGUGGCUGUGCACUGGCGUUGGUGUGAGCAGGCAGGAACCCAGGGCAGGGCCACACUCCUCCCAUCUUUCGCUUCCACCCCAACUGUGAUCGCUAGCCUCCCAGAGCCCAGCCACCAUUAAGUCCCGUGCACGUAGUCAGCCCUCCAUACCCCAUUUUGGGGAACAAAUCCCCUGGUAAUGUUUUUCUUCCAGUUGCCACGGAAGCCGCGCUGCCUGCCCUGCUGGAGCAGCCAGACAUCUCCAUAGAUACAGCCCUUUCCUCCCUGUCUGCACCCUGUUGCGUUGUAGUUGGAUUUGUCUGUUUGUCUGGGUUCACCAGAGUGACUAUGAUAGUGAAAAGAAAAAAAGAAAAAAGAAAAAAAAAAAGGACGCAUGUAUCUUGAAAUAUUUGUCAAAAGGUUCUAGUUCGCCACCAGGGAUGGAGGCCCCGGGUCGUCUUGUCUCCACUGGGACUCUAUUCCAGGCCAGUGCAGUGUUCCCUGCCAGGACAUGUUUUGAAGGGUUUCCUCUGCAUCUGGGACCUCACAGACACUGGAUUAUGACAUUGGAGGUCUCUUAGCUGUCAAGGCCUGAAGCACAGGGCCAGCUAGACUCUAGUGGCUAAGAAGGCGGCUCCACCUGUCAGGGAGAGCUUCCUGCUGGCCUGUUUUGCAGAGUGAAGAUGGUUCUCUCUAUUUACAGCCUCAAGUCCCACAGCAGCCCUGAAAGACUGUCUAAUAACUACUGCAUCACAAGAGAAAAGGGCAUCAGUGUCAGUUGGGAGAGCUGUUGCCCUAGAAAUCCCAUGACUCUCCAGAAGACAUCCCUGGGCCCUCUCCAAGCCUCGGCUGCCUCAUCACAGGGGUUAGGAUGGACUGCCCCACCGAGGAAGGGGACAUCUUAGGAGACUCCCUUGGUUUCCAAGGUGUCUGCCCGCUGACCUCGAAUCUCAUACAGCUGCAGGAAAGAGGUCUAAGGAGAAGCUUAGGAACGUCAGGCCCAGUUCUGUCACUUUUGGCUUGGGAACAGAUAAGGACAAUGUGGAAGCAGCCAGCCUUUCCCAUUAAAGAAAUGUGCACCCAGACCUACCUAUGUCAAGGUUCCCCACAGCUGAUGGACUUCAACUAUCCUUAAAUAGAGGGUCUGAUGCAGAAAAAGGAAGUGUGGUUUGAAGGUCUGUGGUUCCUUCAUCAUGGCUAUCCUGGUUUUAUAUCUUACACCCAUUUACCCAGCCUACAGUUCCUAUCCUUGAAUGGGGACACUGCCAUUAUCUCUUGUAGAGUGGUCAGUCCCAAAAUAUUGAUCAGGUCAAUGCCGAUAAGCAGUUUACAAAGAGAUUCUGGCUUGUGACUUCAGUGAGGACAAUCCCCCAGAGGGUUAGCACCUGUCCUUUCUUUCCAUGCCUCCCAACUCGAGAGCUAAUAUCUUUGGGUGGGCCAGAUAGGGUGUACCAUAUGCCUGUUUCCCCCAAGCCCUGAAUUCACGUUAUCAAUAGUUCUAUUUAAAACGACUUCAAUGGUAAGACUAUCCUGUUUGAGAUUGCUUGUGCUGGGGGGGGGGGAGGGAGAGGGGAAGAGGAACAUGUUAAGAUAGUUCACAUGGGCAAAGGAAAGCCUCCGAGUGUAGCUGUCUGCAGCCUUGUUCAUGACUUUGAUCACUUGCUAGAGAGGAGAGGUGCCAUUCAGCCUGGAGGCUUGGCUGUCCCACUGACAGGUUUUUCCAAGGCAGAGGCAGUCAGCUAGUUCCCUGCCUUCCCAGCCAGGGUUAGUUCCCAGGUUUGUGUAGGAAUCUAUGAACUACUCUUUCCUGCUGCCUUCUUGUGGCAUCCAGAGCCUUCAUUAAAACCCUGGCUUCCUUCCCUCUAAGCCAUUGACACAUCAGUAUCAUCUCUGGGCAGGCUUCAGAUCCACAGCCUACACCACAAGACCUCUUCCUUGACUUUAGUGUGUUUUCCAGAAAAGUAAAUGGGUACAAGGGCAGAGGUGGUGACCAACUCUAGGUCUGUGACUUUGAGCCUUCACACUUCUGGCUUCUGGAAGGGUUACUUUGGGCAUCAUCUCAGUCUCACCCUCCUGAUGGACUGUCUGUCGCCUGUGCAGUUACUGUGCUGGGCAUGAUCUCCAGUGCUUCUAAGUCCCAUGAUUUCUUUGGUGAUUUUGAGGGUGGGGGUGGGGGUACGACAACACAUGGAAUCAUUUUAGCUUAGCUUCCUGUCUGUGAAUGUCCAUAUAGUGUACUGUGUUUUAACAAACAAUUUACACUGACUGUUGCUGUAAAAGUGAAUUUGGAAAUAAAGUUAUUACUGAUUAAA